GGUUGUGGUAGAAACGGGUUUGGAGAAGAAGAGCGGCGAUUGCCGCUUUCCGCAGGCGGGGAUCUGCCGUAACCCCCGCGAGGCGGACUGGGGGAACUGUGCUGCUGUUCCGGGUCAGUGACUGGAAAUAAACAUCAGCACCGUGCACAAAGUCACUCUGAAGUUCUUCCCAAAUUCCCUUCCCGCCGUCUAAGCACAGGAGGGGGCUGAUAUUUGCCAGUGCGGUCAGGCCGGGUGCCUAUCUCUUGAAUGCUCCCUAGAGUAUUGCUUCGGAAUAAUUUUGGUAUGGUAUCAGCUGCUUCAAGGAAUCUGCCAAGAGGAUCCUGCUGUUGAAACCGCGGAGGAAGCGAAGGAACCAGCGGAGGCAGACAUCAAUGAACUCUGUAAAGACAUGUUCAGCAAAAUGGCCACUUACUUAACAGGUGAACUGACAGCCACCAGUGAGGACUACAAACUCUUGGAAAACAUGAAUAAGCUGACUAGCUUGAAGUACCUAGAAAUGAAAGAUAUUGCUAUAAACAUCAGUAGAAAUCUUAAGGAUUUGAAUCAAAAAUAUGCUGAUCUGCAGCCAUAUCUGGAACAAAUAAACCUAAUUGAGGAGCAGGUUGCAGCUCUGGAGCAGGCAGCGUAUAAAUUGGAUGCAUAUUCCAAAAAACUUGAAGCCAAGUACAAAAAACUGGAGAAACGAUGAAGUUAAACAGUCUUUAUGUUGGAGUUGGGCAAUGAAUCAAACUGUUUUCAGGUUUUGCACAACAGCAGUUCUGUAUGUUGCCAAGGAUUUGGUUGCAGCUAGCAUCAAGACUGGGAACUUCUUCUAGCAAUUGAAUACAGAAGGCUGUAUUCAGGCUUAAGGCUGAAUAAUAUUUUCCUCUUCUCAGAGGUUCUGUUGCUCAGCUGUUUUGCAGUGACAAGUAGAAGCCUGUCCCUAACCCGUGCUGAUAUUGGCUAUGUGUGUGUUAGUCCUGUUUUUCACAUGAAAUAUUCUGUCUAAGAAAAUUCCUCUGUAACCUAUAAAAGACAUUUUCCCUCAAUAGCAGUAGGACCAAAACUUCACUUUUUCCUUCAUCGUGCUCUGUGUUGAGAAGAUACUUGGGCCUUUGGACUUAUGAGAGGGGUAUUGAAAACCCUUAAUUUUGGUAUCCCCCGUUCUCUCUUUGACAUAGGGAGACUAAUUACUAUAAAUUCACAAUAAAACAACUUGCUGCAUUUGUUUCUCUGGAAUCCUAAGUUCCUGUUGGAAAGAUUAUGUAAGCUGGUUUUGUAUUUUUUCAAAGGACAGACUUUUUCCAGCUCCUGAAGAUGGUAGAAGAGAACAUGUUUUAAACUCGGCCUCA